CGUGCUGACCUCCCCGUCUCUCCUCAGGCCGGCCCCCGCCGCUCUGCCAUGCGGCCCUGAUGGAGCCCAACGCCUUCCCCCACCUCCAGCUCUGGUGUCCCCGUCCUUUUGGCACUUACACCCAAAACAAGCCAUGCCCCGUCCCCAUCCCCACCCGGAAGCCGUGCCGUCCCCCCGAGGACCCCCCCAGCGCCCGAGGACCCUCCGAGAACACCCCCCCCCCUCUCCCCGCCGCACCGGCAGAGGAAGGCCGCGUGUUGCUGGACACGUGGUACGUCAUCAAACCUGGCAACACCAAAGAGAAAGUGGCAUUUUUCGUGGCCCACCAAUGCGGCGGUGCCGGCGGCCGCGCCAACACCAUGAAGGUGAAGGGCAACUGGGGCAGCGAGAGCUCCAAAGCCAAACGGCGCCGGCGUUGCCACCAGCCCGGUAAGAUCCCCCAUCACGAAGGGGAUGGCGAAGCUCCGGACCCUCUUUCUGUGGCCGAAAUGGUGGCGUUGGUGGAGCAGCGGGCGGCGUUGGCCGUGCAGAGCUUGAUGGAGGUGAACGGCGACGCCAAAGGGCCGCCGGCACCGCCGGGCAGCGACUGCAGCCGCGUGGCCGAGGCCGUGGCACACUUUGAGUCACGGCAACGCGCCGGCGGGCGGCACAACGGGCUGUGUCACCCCAGUGGUGACUGCGCCAGCACCACGGCAGCAACGGCGACAGCAGCGCCGGGCGAAGUCCGCAUCGCCUUCCGAAUCUCCAGCGCUCGCGACGGCCGCGCCAGCACCGCAUCCGGUGAGCCAGCGAGCGCCGGAGGGCGGCCCGGCUGUGUGUUCAUGGGUGGAGGUGGUGGCACCCGCGCCAAGGACAAGAUCACCUGUGAUCUGUAUCAGCUCAUCAGCCCCUCCCGUGAUCAGCUCCCCACCAAUGUUGAGUUCUUGUUGGCCAACGCGGCGCCCAACGCUGACCGCGACGGCGCCGAUGUGGCCGUGCCGUGCGGCGAAGGGGCGGCGGGCAACAGCAAGGCCGAUGGCCCCGAGGGGACGGCGGGCGAAACGGCGGCAGUGGCACGGGACUGCGUGUCUGGCUUCCACGUGGACGUGGUGGUGACGGGGGUGGUGGAUCAGUGCGUCUUCUUCGGCAAAGACAGCACCAAGAAGGUGAAGGAGGAGACGGUGCGCUUGGCGGCGCCGCAGGAGGACCCGCCGCCUCCAGGACAGCUCUUCCUCCUGCCCGGUGCCGAGGACACGAACCAAACGGGGCCGGGGAUGGAGGCACAGGAGGAAGCGCCGCCCGCCGCCGCCGACCCGUCGCUGUGCCGUCUGUACCGCCACGUGUCGCACGAUUUCUUGGAGAUCCGCUUCAAGAUCCAGCGGCUGCUGGAGCCGCGGCAGUACAUGCUGCUGCUGCCGGAGCACGUGAUGGUGAAGAUUUUCAGCUACCUGCCCACCCAGACCCUGGCCGCCCUCAAAUGUUCCUGCCACUACUUCAAAUCCAUCAUCGAGACGUUCGGGGUGCAGGCCACCGACUCGCGCUGGAACCGCGACCCGCUGUAUCGCGACGAUCCCUGCAAGCAGUGCAAGAAGCACUACGAGAAGGGGGACGUGUCGCUGUGCCGAUGGCACCCCAAGCCCUACCACCACGACCUGCCUUACGGCCGCUCCUAUUGGAUGUGCUGCCGCCGGCCCGACAAGGAAGCGCCCGGCUGCCGCGUGGGGCUGCACGACAACAACUGGGUGCACCCGGCGGCACGCCGCGAUGAUGGCAGGUGAAGGGACGUGGGGACACGGCGCCGGACCCCCAAAAU